AUGUUUGUGCAAAAUGAGUUUGUCCACCAGAGUAAUUCAAACAACUGAGAAGUAUCACGGAAAUACUUAAAGAAAUGCACUCAUAAUCACUUUGAAUCAUUCACGAAGACCCCAUGGCAAAUCGGCGGAUGAUAAGUAACUCCAAAGAACAGCUGUAGGAUAGACAUGUCACUGUUGGUACAGUGCAGAAAUUGGAUGGUUGCAUUCAUCUGGAAUUUCAUAAUUUCCGUCUGGAUGUCCAGUCAAAUGAUAUGUUGUGGAAGACCAAAUAUUUUACUCAUUGUUUUGGAUGAUUUCCGACCUAUUCUACAAAGUUAUGGAAACCAGUUGCUAAAGGCUCCUAACAUGGAUAAAUUAGCAAGGGACUCGGUAGUCUUUACUAAAGCAUUUGCUCAACAAGCCCUUUGUGGACCCAGCAGGACUUCAUUUCUAACAAGUCGUAGGCCAGACACGACAAAACUCUGGGAUGUACAUUAUUACUGGCGAAAAUCUUCUGGUAACUACACAACUCUGCCACAGUACUUCAAAGAAAAUGGGUAUCAUACAGAAUCCUUUGGAAAAAUAUUUCAUCCAGGAAUAGUUUCAGGAAAGACCACAGAUUAUCCCUACAGCUGGUCUGUUCCUCCAUAUUUACCGUCAACAGAACAAUACCGCAUGAAAAGGGUCUGCCCUGGUCCACAAGGCAAGCUACAGAUGAAUAUUGUUUGUCCAGUGAAUGUCUCCACACAGCCAGAACAGACUCUACCAGAUAUCCAAUCAACACAGCAUGCUAUACAAUUCAUAGAAAAUUGGACCAAUCAGAGCAAACCAUUCUUUCUGGCUCUUGGGUACCACAAACCUCACAUCCCAUUUAAAUUUCCAGAGGAGUUCCUAAAAUUCUACCCCAUAGAGGAUAUCAAACUAGCCAAGUACCCCACCAAACCCCCAGGACUACCCUCCGUAGCCUGGAAUCCAUGGGCUGAUCUGAGAGAAAGAGAUGAUGUUAAGAGUCUUAAUGUUAGUUUUCCUUAUGGCCCAGUUCCUGACUACUUCCAGAAGAAGAUGAUUCAGAGUUACUAUGCCUCAGUGACCUACAUAGAUGACCUUUUGGGUCAUGUGCUGACUGCCUUACACAAGAAUGGCUUCACCAAAAACACUAUCACUGUACUUCUUGGAGAUCAUGGUUGGGCCCUCGGUGAGAACCAAGAAUGGUCCAAGUUCAGUAAUUUUGAGGUGGCCACUCAAGUACCUUUGUUGGUGUCAGUACCAGGAUUGACCUUUGACCUUCUCCAUAGACCUCCUCAACAUAUCUCUUUAUCCAAAAUGGCAGACAGUAAAUAUCAGAGCACAGAUGGUCUUGUAGAACUGGUAGACAUUUUUCCUUCUCUUGUGGAACUUGCAGGACUGCCCGUCUUAAAGACCUGUCCACAGAGUUCCUUUAAUAUAACACUGUGUACAGAAGGACACAGCUUUGUGCCUUUGAUAAGAAAUGCUACAAAACCAGACAUUUAUCCUCCCCUGACUAGCUGGAAGUCUGGAGUAUUUAGUCAGUAUCCCCGUCCAAGUCUGAAGCCUCAGGAGAACAGUGAUCAACCAAAGGCAGUGGACAGCAGGAUCAUGGGCUACUCCUUAAGAUCCAAGAAUAGCAGAUACACAGAAUGGAUUCAGUUUUAUCCCAACAACUUCACAAUUAACUGGAACAAAGUAUUUGCCAGGGAGCUGUAUUUACAUGACACAGAUCCAGAAGAACAUUACAAUGUUGCCUCUUUUCCUUCAUACCAACCUAUUGUACAUAAACUGUCUGUAAAACUGAGACAAGGCUGGAGAGCAGCACUGCCACAAAACUUCAAGUAUAUCUCCUCAUUCAAUUAAGAAAUAAAUAACAAGUUUGAAAACUUCACUGGGAAAUGAAGUGGGUCGGUCACAUGAUCA